AUGCUUCAUGGUUAUGGCGCCGGUCUCGGACUCUUCUACAAGAACUUUGAACCACUCACACGCAAGUCGGCCUGGAAACUGUAUGCUCUCGACCUAUUGGGCAUGGGCCGUUCGGCAAGACCUAGCUUUAACAUCCAGGCCAAGACAAGCGAAGGAAGAGUACAGGAAGUUGAAGACUGGUUCAUUGACGCUCUCGAAGAAUGGAGGAUCAAGCGUGGUAUUGACAAGAUGACGCUGUUGGGCCACAGCUUUGGAGCAUACAUGGCUGUUUGCUAUGCCCUCAAGUACCCCGGACAUCUCGAGAAGCUCAUCCUGGCUUCGCCUGUCGGGAUUCCCGAAGACAAGUACGCUUGGGGUUCAUCGACAACAAAGCCCUUGACGACAGUACAGAACGAGGUUCUGCAGACCCAGCAGGAGACGACUGGCCAUCCAGACUCGGCCACACCAGGACGACCGCCUCUACGAGUAUUGCCCCGAUUGGUUGGUUCGCUGUGGGCCGGCAACUUUUCUCCCUUUGGCUUCAUCCGUCUUGCAGGUCCCUUUGGUCCAAGCCUUGUCUCGAGCUGGACGACAAGGCGUUUCUCUGAGCUGCCGGCAAACGAAGCCAAAGCCUUGCAUAACUACUGCUACUCCCUCUUUCGCUUGCCUGGAAGUGGGGACUAUGCCUUGACGUACAUACUCGCACCUGGUGCAUAUGCUCGAUCGCCGCUUGUCCGCCGUAUCCAAGGCGUCGGACGCCAGCAUAUUAAGCACGACUCCUGCUCUUCAACUCCUGACAUGUAUCCUAGUGAUCUGGCUCCUGGUACUAUGAGUACGAAACAGAGGGAGACAGGUAUUCCCAUCGUUUUCAUGUACGGAGACCGUGACUGGAUGGAUAAGCAAGGCGGGCCUGACUGCGAAGUCGAGAUCAAUGCAACAAAAGCAAAAGCUCUCGAAAACGCCACGCACGAAGAGCUACUCAAGGAAAACGGCAGCGCAAAGACGAUCAUCAUCUCCAAUGCCGGGCAUCAUCUCUACCUGGAUAAUUUCGAGGAGUUCAAUCGCAUUGUGCAGGAAGAGAUGACGGAUGUGGAAGCGCGAGAGAAGAGAUUGUUGGAUAAAAGAGCGCCUUGGUUGCGGGUCGAAGGUGAAGAGAUUAGGAGAUUAGAGGUCUGA